AUGGCGCUGCCCGAUAAUCAUACAGGCAUGCCCAACAUAAAGAUGGAGACUGAAGGAGAAGGUAUUUAUGCUUCUGCCACGCACUCUUCUGCGAGAUGCGAAGAGACAGAUCAAGGGCUUACACUACCACCCGAGAUACAGUCUAGCAAUGUAUGUCGCUUUGAUCCUGCCCAUACUGUCACGGACGAGGAACUGGACGCCGUCCUUGGAUCCUUGCGGCCGGAUCCCAACGAUUGCCCAAGUCCAAGAGAUCAGGAAUGGCUGCAGUCAUUGUUCGAUGAUGACUAUGAGCUUCCAGAGCCUCCCCGUAAGCGAAGAAAGACAUCGUCUCCUACUCUUCGAGAGGCAAGAGCUGCAUCCUCGAGAGUCGCUGAUACGCUCCAUCCAAAAGGUUUCUUCGCAAACCACGCAUGGGCUCCGGCAAUUGUGCCUGCUCACAGCCCAAGUGAUUCUGGAUACGGUAUAAGUAUUGCAGAAUCAUGCAUAAAUGAGCAGGUCUCUCGCCAUUCGCAACUCAUUGAGGAAAUUCUACCACAAACUGAACCUGUCCACGAAGUCCAAAGAAGUAUAGAUGCUCAUUCGGCGGCUACAGCAUCGACUGUGGUCAGCCAACCUGCAGUGGAUCGGCAAGAUGCAGAAGAUGAUUUCACUGGUAUUAACUAUGAGGCCCAUGAUGGACGCGAUGCAGGUAUCUAUUGCGAGAAUGAUCAGCCAGAGUCUACAACCUCGAAGGAGAAAGGGAGCGAUGAAGCAAAAGGCAGAGAGUCUCCUCUCCCAAUCAUAACGCCAGUAGACCCAGAUAUACCAAUUCCAUCUAUCGAGGCCGAUGUUCCAGUGGUAAAUCAGCAUGAGACUCCGAUUGCUGCUCCCAGCCGAUCACGCCGCAUCCAAACACCAAAGCUGCCACGGCUGCCACAUUGGCUGAAAAAAAUCCAGAGCGAUGAGAAUCGGAAAAUCGGCGAAGGUGAGAUGCUGCAGCAGUCGCGUGUUCGUGUGAGGGCUGGGCAGAGUGAAUCUACAGCCGAAAAUUCUCAACCACGAGCGACCGAAGCCCACCAUCACCAGAACCAUCGACACAACGCACCUCGAGAAACAACAUCGCAAUCGCAGCAUCAGCAUUCAACGGCAUCAGCUCCAAUUAUCAAAAUGGCUGAAUACGGUUCACAACGUUUGUUGCUACCCGCUCUUUCGGAUUUCAUCUCAAAAACUCUCUCCUCACUGCCCAAUGCUGCCGAUGCAGGUCAAUUUGAUCCUACGCUUUGCUCCAGCAUCACCUUACUUCUCACUCAAUUCCAAUCCAACCCCAUGUUCACGACUUCUAUCUCUGUGGCCUUGUACAACUAUCUCAAGCAAUAUUUCGAAAGUCAAGUACUCAAAGCCACAGGUGAUCGUGCUUCCAUUGAAGACACAGACCUCGCAGAGCAACUCAGAUUGAUUGCGCCUCUCCUCAAGGAUUGUGUCCUCGUCCCAGUCGCAAGUUCGGCUGGUGGUCACCGUUAUGUCAACUUCAAUCCCAAGACCUCCGAAGAAUGCCACGCUCUCGCUACGAAUAUGAAGAAUCUCGUUCAGACCAUCAGAAACGAACUCUUCGAAGAUACUACAAAGCUUUACGAUCAGCUGGAAAAGGCAAUUGGAGAUUUUGACGUGGACUUUCAGAACAUGAAUAUGCACCACCAAUCCCGAUAUGCCAUUCUCGAGAAGCAUUGCGAGAAGCUUGGCGAGGAGAAUUUAAAGACUUCGGCAUCUGUCACUCGUCACGAAACAGAGCUAGCACGUCUCAAGAAGGAGAACGAUGAACUCCGAGCCAUGAACGAACGACUUCAGCAUCAGCAGCGCGCUUCCAACCGUCUUCCGACUACGCCUCCUUCUAAUCGCACAUCAGCUGAAAGACUUGUCUCACCUCCAUCUGAUAACGAUGGUGCAGAGUUCACCGAAGGACGUGAUGGAACUCUAGGAUGGUUCUGUGGCCUCCAACAUCAGAAUUCUGCCGAUCCUGAACACAAAUGUCUCAAGUUCAACACCCUUACCUCCCGAGCAAAUGCCCCAGGCUUACCAAAUCCUAUCCGUCAAAACUGCUCGAAAUGCCACCGUAAAGUCCGCAAGGAUCUCAGGAUCUAUGUCACCAGAGCCAAUUUCGCCAAGAAUCACGUGGUUCGCGUUUCGCCGCAACCUAUGUCGGUCACGUGCUAUCCUCAGCAACCAAUUUCCCAUCCGAUGCCUGCUGCGUACCCAUUACCAGUCGUACAACCCCUACCGUCUACGUACCACCUUCCUGCCGGACAAACUAUCCCUGUCGUGCAACCUCUCGCUGCAGUACAAUCUCAGCCGCUGGUACCAACCUCCUCCGUCCCACCUCCUCCCGCCGCCGCACCGACCAAGAAGCGGAAGAGCACAGAAGUCCAGAAGAAGGACGAACCUCCAACCAAGCAGGUGAAGAGGGCCGACUUGCCCUUGACUGGCUUCGAAGUCCGUCAGAGCCAGGGGUAUAUCCGUCAUACCUUUGGUAUGUCGGUCCAACGCCCCUGGAUGACGGCUUCGGAGCCGGUCAAGGACAACGUCGUGGUGGAUUUGACGGAGGAGGAGGUGCCGGUGGUUGAAAAGGCGACGGAGAAGGGAAAAGCGAAGGCUACGGGCAAGAAGAAGGAGAUUGGAAAGGGGAAGAAGAACGAGAAGAAAAAGCGGAAGGAGGACGCGGCUGCGGUUGCAGCGUACUGGAAGAAAGUGGAGGAGAGGGAGGCGAGGGAGGCGGCGGACAUCGCAGUAGAGCUAGAAGCUGAAUUAGCGGCAGACAUCGAAGCAGAAGUAGAGAAGAGUUUGUCGGUGGAAGCAGAGGAGUCCGAAGAGUCUGAGGAGGAAUAG